UGAUUAUUACUAUAGUACGAAGAGAGUAAUAAAAUUUGUAUGUGAUCGCAAUCAAUGACACUUAUCUUAUUAAAAGAAAACCUUAUUUUAAUUUUAACUUUAGACAAACAUAAUUAAGAAUCCGACAAAAACCAAUUUCCUUUAAAAGCCACUUUACACAAAUGAAAUGAAAUAGAACCUUUCAAUCAUUCAUUCUUCUCAUCUUUAUUUUUUCCUUCACUUUUGGGAUUUUCAUUAACCAAAACAAACUUUACAACCCCUCGUGCUUCACGCACGAAGACCUAGCUAGCUAUGCCAAGCAAGGAACUAGCUUCACCAUUAGGUGAAACAAAGGUUCCAUUAUUAUCAAGAAAUGAAGAAGAAGAAGAAGAACAAGAUCUUACAAGAAAGGUUUGGAUUGAAUCAAAGAAGCUAUGGCAUAUAGUUGGCCCUGCAAUUUUCAGCCGUAUUGCAUCUUAUAUGAUGUUGGUCAUCACUCAAUCCUUUGCUGGUCAUCUUGGUGACCUUGAACUUGCAGCUAUCUCCAUAGCCAAUAAUGUUGUUGUUGGCUUUGAUUUUGGCCUCUUGUUAGGAAUGGCAAGUGCAUUAGAAACUUUAUGUGGACAAGCAUAUGGAGCAAAACAAUAUUACAUGUUAGGAGUAUACAUGCAACGAUCAUGGAUAGUACUAUUCAUAUGUUGUAUUUUUCUCUUACCAAUCUACCUUUUUGCAACACCAGUGUUAAGACUAUUGGGCCAACCAGAGGAUUUAGCAGUGUUAUCAGGACAAGUUUCAAUGUGGAUGAUACCAUUACAUUUUGCAUUUGCAUUUCAAUUUCCUCUCAAUAGGUUCUUACAAAGCCAGCUCAAAACAGCUGCUAUAGCUUGGGUGUCUUUGUUUGCACUUUUGGUUCAUAUUUUUGUUAGCUGGUUGUUUGUGUUUAAGUUUCAAUUUGGUGUAAUUGGAACUGCUGCUACUUUGAAUUUCUCUUGGUGGGCCCUUACUGUUGGGCUUUUUUGUUACACUGUUUAUGGUGGUUGUCCUUUGACUUGGAAUGGGUUUUCUAUGGAGGCUUUUUCUGGGCUUUGGGAAUUUGUUAAACUUUCUGCUGCUUCUGGUGUUAUGCUAUGUUUGGAGAAUUGGUAUUAUAGAAUUCUGAUAUUAAUGACCGGGAAUCUUCCAAAUGCAGAGAUUGCAGUAGAUGCUCUAUCCAUAUGCAUGACCAUAAAUGGGUUGGAAAUGAUGAUUCCAUUGGCAUUCUUUGCUGCAACAGGAGUGAGGGUUGCGAACGAGCUUGGAGCUGGAAAUGGAAAAGGAGCAAAAUUUGCUACUAUAGUUUCUGUGGUGACAUCAUCAAUAAUUGGACUUUUCUUUUGGAUGUUGAUUAUGAUAUUUCAUGAUAAAUUUGGCUACAUAUUCUCUACUAGUAAACCUGUUCUUGAUGAAGUUAGCAAGCUUUCUCUUCUAUUAGCAUUCACAAUUCUUCUCAACAGUGUCCAACCAGUUCUAUCAGGAGUGGCUGUUGGAUCAGGGUGGCAAUCAUAUGUUGCAUAUAUAAAUUUGGGGUGCUACUAUAUGAUUGGAGUUCCUCUUGGAUUUUUAAUGGGUUGGUACUUCGAUCAAGGUGUUAUGGGAAUUUGGGCAGGGAUGAUUUUUGGUGGAACAGCAACUCAAACAUUAAUUUUGUGUUUGAUUACACUUCGUUGUGACUGGGAUAAAGAGGCAGAGAAAGCAAAAUUACAUAUAACAAAGUGGUCAGAUCGAAAACAACAGCAACUAAGCUAGUGUUUCUCUUCGUAACCAAAAUGGAUAGGAAUUGGAAUAUUUGUACCGGGCUUUAUUCACCAAAAUUAUAUAAUUUUUUUUGAAGGGAUAUAAUUACUAUUAUUCAUUCUUAAAAAUUAUUACAUCAAUAAAUUACUAUAGUUCUAUUGUCGAAAAGUAAAUUAUAGUUUUAUUUAAAUCCAAUAUAAAUUUUAAUGAA